GCGGAUCGAUUAAAGAUGAUUCUCGGUGUGUGGAGCUGAAAGCAGCGGAGAUGUACGAGGAGAGACACAAAAGUGCUGGUCGUAAUGGCUACACCAAAGCAGUGGAUGGGGAAGAGGGAGGAGGUGAGGGUGAGGAAGAGGAGGAGGGAGGAGAGGGGGAUGGAGGGGGAGAAGGAGGAGAAGGAGAGGGACAGGAGAGGGACGCAGACUGGGAUGCAGAGCUGGAUGGAGAGGACGAAGGAGGAGUCAGGAUGACGAGAACCGACACGCUUCAUUCAACGACGAGUUCAACGGGGACACAGAGGAAGAAAGGACAACACGCUAAGAAACAGGUGAGACAGAAACACGCUAAGAAACAGGUCCAGGGAAGUAAUCAGGUCCAACGAGCUCCCAGAGCGUUAUACUGUCUAAAACUCAACAAUCCAAUCAGACGAGCCGCUCUCUCCAUCGUCGAGUGGAAACCCUUUGAUAUCUUCAUCCUGUUAGCCAUCUUUGCCAACUGUGUGGCUCUGGGAGUUUCCAAACCGUUUCCUGAGGACGACUCCAACUCCACCAACCACGACCUGAACCUCCUGAAAGGAAACCAGGUGGAAACUUGA